AGUAGCUGAGCAACUUGGAGUGGUUUUGCCUGUUGCGCUCUGAGCGCUGCGGCUGGAUGCUGCGAGGGGGAGCUCAGGCAAGCCCCGAAGUCCCGGCAUGGAUACAGUGACCUAUGAUGAUGUUUAUGUGAACUUCACUCGGGAAGAGUGGGCUCUGCUGGAUCCUUCCCAGAAGAGUCUCUACAAAGAUGUGAUGCUGGAAACCUACAGGAAUCUCAUGGCUAUAGGCUAUAAUUGGGAAUGCCACACUAUUGAAGAACAUUGUCAAAGACCUAGAAGACAUAUAAGACAUGAAAGAGCACAUACUGGAGAGAAACCUUAUGAGUGUAAUCAAUGUGGUAAAGCCUUUGCACUUCACAGUCAUCUUCAAAGGCAUGAAAUAAUUAAUACUGGAGAAAAACCUAAUAAAGGUAUUCAAUAUGGUAAAGCCUUUGCAUAUCACAGUAGUCUCCAAACACAAAAAAAGGCACGUACUAGAGAGAAACCCUACAAAUGUAAUCAAUGUGAUAAAGCCUUUUCAAAAGACAGUUAUCUCACGAUACAUCAAAGAAUACAUACUGGAGAGAAACCCUACAAAUGUAAUCAAUGUGGUAAAGCCUUUUUGCUAGACACUUAUCUCACAAUACAUAAAAGAACACAUACUGGAGAGAAGCCCUACAAAUGUAACCAAUGUGGUAAAGCCUUUUCACAAGACAAUCAUCUCGCAGUACAUAAAAGAACACAUACUGGAGAAAAACCUUAUGAAUGUAACCAAUGUGGUAAAGCCUUUGCGCGUCACAGUCAUCUUCAAAGGCAUGAAAGAAUUCAUACUGGAGAGAAACCUUAUGAAUGUAAUCAAUGUGGAAAAGCCUUUGCCCGUCACGGUCAUCUUCAAAGGCAUGAAAGAACACAUACUGGAGAGAAACCCUAUGAAUGUAACCGAUGUGUUAUCUUCAAAAGCAUGAAAGAAUUCAUACUGGAGAAAAACCCUAUGAAUGUCAGCAAUGUGGUAAAGACUUUGCACAUCACAGUAAUCUCCAAAUCCAGCAAAGAACACAUACUGGAGAGAAAAACGUUUGAAUGUCAGCAAUGUGGUAAAGCUUUUGCGAAUCACAAUUAUCUCAAAGUAUACCGAAGAAUACAUACUGGAGAGCAACCCUAUAAAUGUAAUCAAUAUGGUAAAGCCUUUGCGCGUCACAGUCAUCUUCAAAGGCAUGAAAGAAUUCAUACUGGAGAGAAGCUCUAUAUGAGUAUUUAA